AUGGUGGAACUGAUGGGAGGGAUGGAAUCCGACAAGUUCCGCUAUUACAAGGUCUUGCUAAUGAAAGGGCUGAGAGCGGCUGCCAAGCACAGGGACAGUAUCGUCACGCUCGCUGAGGUGGCUCAGUGUGGUCCAAGACUCAGCUGCUUCACUUCCAACACGGUCAAGCAGUUCCAGGAGCGCUUCCUGCUCCAGACUCCGGACGACCAGCUCACUUUGAUUAUUGACUCCAUGGUCGAGGGGUCGGUGAACUCGUGGACGACGAAGCUCUACGACCAGUUCCAAUACUUGACCAACGGAAUUCUGUGA